AGAAAAUCGGUAAAAAAGUUUGAAAUAAUAAGUGUAAUACUGAAAAUGUAAUAUGUGUAAUAUAUACGGUAUAUACGGUAUAUACUGUGAUAAGUGUGAAAAAGCUAAAAAUGUAAUAUGUGUAAUAAGUGUAAGUAUAAUAAGUGCAAUAAUAAGUAUAGUGAGUAUAAUAAGUGUAAGUGUAAUAGGAGUAAUAAGUUUAAGUGUCAUAAGUGUAAUAAGUGUAAUUGUAAUAAGUGUAAUAAGCGUAGCAAAUGUAAUAAGUGUAAUAAUUGUAUAAGUGUAACAUUUAUAAGAUUACACAUUUCAUUUAAUGUAAAAAAAGCAUUAAAUGAACCUAACAUUUUAAUUCCGAAUUUAGCCUUUUUUUUAACCGGAA